UAGGACAGGUGACCUCUGAAGCUGGAGUUUGAACUCAAGCGCAUAGGGUAUCCCGUUCAUUGACCGUCAUUCUGCAGACCAGGACUACCGCUGCCUCUCUUGAGAAUGGGAACCAUGUCACUGCACCGUGUGUGUGGAGUGUUUGUAUUCUUCAGCUUAUGUCUGAUUUCCUUCCCACCACAUUGCCAUGGAGGAAACAUUCUGGUGUUCCCUGUAGACGGCAGCCACUGGAUCAAUAUGAAGAUUCUGCUUGAAGAACUUCAUGCCAGAGGACACAACCUCACUGUGAUGCGUGUAUCCACCAGCUGGUACAUCCCUGAAAAGUCUCCGAUCUACACAUCCAUUACACUUGAAAUUAAUGAAGGCAUCGAGGACUUUUUUGAUACGCACCUACAGGAACAGAUGAGGGCACAGAGAGAAGGGACUUCAAUACUGACUUUCUUUAAGGUCACCAAGGAUUUCCUUUUUAUGAUUUCUCAUGCACAUUCACUGUGGAGUAAUGCUGUCCUUAAGUUCUUUGAAGAUCAAAACAGACUGAAAAGCUUAAAAGAGUCCAAAUAUGAUCUUGUUCUCACUGAUCCGGGUUUAGCACCAGGACUUGUGCUGACCAAAUAUCUCAAACUGCCCGUUGUGCUCAACGUACGCUGGAUCACCAGUGGAGAGGGUCACUUUGUGUUAGCCCCCUCACCACUCUCUUAUAUCCCAGUGCCAGGAUCAGGAUUAACAGACAAAAUGAAUUUCAUCCAGAGGGUCAAGAACAUGCUUUUCUAUGGCAUUAUAUUGUUCCAGCAGAGAUUCAUGGUGGGGCCACACUACAAAGCCUUUUGUGAUAAAUAUUUUGAGGGAGAGUGUGACAUCAUCUCCCUUCUCCAGGAGGCUGACAUUUGGCUGUUCAGGUCAGAUUUUGUGUUUGAUUUCCCUCGCCCCACAAUGCCAAAUGUUGUCUACAUCGGAGGAUUCCAGUGCAAACCAGCCCAGCCUCUGCCAGCAGACCUGGAGGACUUUGUUCAAAGUGCUGGGGAACAUGGAGUGAUCAUCAUGACCCUGGGAACGAUGAUUAAUGCUUUGCCCAAAGAAGUUGCAAAUGAAAUUGGCAGCGUUUUUGCCAAGCUGCCUCAGAAGGUGAUAUGGAGGCACAAAGGGGAGCGUCCCUCUACGCUGGGCAACAACACUCUCAUCGUGGACUGGAUGCCACAGAAGGACCUCCUGGGACACCCGCAGACCAGAGUCUUUGUGGCUCACGGAGGAACCAAUGGAGUCCAGGAGGCCAUUUACCACGGGGUCCCUGUGCUCGGCAUACCCUUGUUCUUUGACCAGUAUGACAACCUUCUACGUUUACAGGAGAGAGGAGCUGCAAAGAUCAUUCGGCUGGGUGAUGUUAAUGGCAACACUUUUGAGCAAGGUAUUAGGGAACUUCUCUAUCAAGAAAGCUACAGACAGAACAUCCAAAGAAUGUCACGUCUGCACAGAGAUCAGCCGAUGGCACCCAUGGAUCAGGCUGUGUUCUGGGUAGAAUAUGUGAUCCGUCACAAAGGGGCUCCUCACCUGCGUACAGAGGCUUAUAAGAUGCCCUGGUACUCAUACUAUUGUGUAGAUGUGCUGCUCCUGUUGCUGACUGCAGUAACUGUGCUACUGAGGUCCACUAUGGCCAUUUUUUGGUUUCUGUGCUGCAGAAGACAAAGGAAGACAAAAUCCAAACAGAAGUGACUGAGGUCAGAUUUGCUCAUGCACAGAAUGGACAGCUUGGAUCAGAAUGAAAUACUCCACCUUUAGGAUAUCUUAUUUGUAUCUUACCAUUAUUAAUAACGCAAAACAACAAUCCAACAAUUUUCUUUACAGUUGCAAAUAAUAUGGUUAAAGUAAUCUUUUUUGCUUUA